UGAGAAGGCAGCCAUCCAAAAAUCGGCCUAAUGAAAAUGCUGGAUCUCACUGCACUAUUCCCACAGCAUGCCACUGUCAAACGAGGGGUAUGGCAUCAGCAGCUUUCUGAAACAAAAGAGCUCUGCACAAGAUGUAGACCAAGGACCCUGGAAUCAGCAUCACAGGCGGCACAAGCUCUGUUCCCUUCUUACAUCGCAAAGUCAUAAGAUGGACCAUGGAUCCUUGCUUGGUUGUUGGCAUGAGAUGAUAUGUUCUCAGUCAUGAUGGUUGGAAUUCAUCUUCCCUAACCCUUACCAUCUAAAAGUUAGAUGAGGUUAACGUACAGUCUAAAGUACAGUAGCUGGUUCUUUCUUCACUUCAUGAGAAGACCCUGUCUCUAGUACUAGUGAAAGAGUAACCGUAUGCCUACAACAUUUUUCCUGUGUCCCAGAUGUUAAGUAUUGGUUAUGAUCUCAUUCCCAGGAACCAUGGAAGUACAAGAAGUGGUAGGACUUUGUACAUGAGUAUGAACAAGUAGAAUACAGACCCUUAUUCUUCCCGAGGAAAGUUCAACUUUAAAUUUGGCUCCGAGGCAUCAGGAAUGGUUUAUCUGCUGCUGGUACUUGUCUCAUCCUGUAGAAUAAACUGACAUUGAAAUGCUUUGAGUGCAUGAUUGUCAGCAUAUCUCUCUUGUUAUGGCCGAUGACUUAACCUUAGAAAUUAAUUUCCUUUCAAGUUGAAAGAUUCUUGAGAACAAUGCAUUUAAAACAGAGAAAAGAGCUUGUAAGGAUGAUUUAGCCACUUUGUGGCAGUAUUUUAGAAGCCUUUGGAGGCACUUUGCAUGACCCCCCUUUUCAUUCACAGAGGAGAAAGACUGCUGUCGUGACAGUAUCACUCUGCGGUCCUUCAUUUUGCAACAGCAGCCUGAUCUACUCAACAGAUAACAAUUUUCAGAAAAGCUUUUUGUAAUGUACAGAUGCUUAUGUACAAGUAAUUCUGGGUGCACAUUUUACCAACCCUACACAUUAAGAAUUCACCUCCUAUUAAGUUAGCUUGAUAAAAACAAGAUAGAGUACCUUUCUUAGUUGUUGAGCUUAUUGUGUCUUUCACACAGUGAAAAUUCAUGCUGACUUCUUGGUCAAUUAAACAAUUUUUUUUUUUUUAUUUACUGAACUGGUUUUGGCUAGGAUAGAGUUAAUUUUCUUCAUAGCAGCUUGUAUGGUGCUAUGUUUUGGGUUUGUGAUGAAAACUGUUGAUAACACAGGGAUAUGUUAGCUAUUGCUGAGCAGCACUUGCACAGUGUCAAGGCCUUCUGUGUUUCUCAGGCUGCCCUGCCAGCGAGCGGGCUGGGGGUGCACAAGGAGUUGGGAGGGGGACACAGCCAAGACAGCUGACCCCAACUGACCAAAGGAAUAUUCCAUACCAUGUGAUGUUGUGCUCAGCAAAAAAGCUGGGGGAAGAAGGAGGAAGGGGGGGACUUUCAGAGUUACGGUGUUUUUCUUCCCAAGUCACGAUUAUGUUUAAUGGAGCCCUGCUUUCCUGGAGAUGGCUGAAUACGUGUCUGCUGAUGGGAAGUAGUGCAUGAAUUCCUCAUUUUGCUUUGCUUGCAUGUGCAGCUUUUGCUUUACCUACUGAACUGUCUUUAUCUCAACCCACAAGUUUUCUCACUUUUUGCCUUCCGAUUAUCUCCCCCGUCCCACUGGGGGGAAGUGAGCGCGUGGCUGUGUGGGGCUGAACUGCCCACUGGGGUUAAACCACAACAGUCCUUUUUGGUGCCCAACGUUGGGCUCAAAGGGUUCGAGGUAACAACAGAUUUGACUGGAGUUUGCUAGACUGAAUGUAUAGCUGUUAAUAGCUGCUUAGCUAUUAAUUGGCAGGGUCCUGUGCUUGCCAUGGGGCUUGCUUGCCUUGCUGUACAUUAAAGUCUAGUACUUGUUAGUGGCUGCUUUUUGCUCCUGCUGUUUGCUGUAGGGCUUAUCAUCUCACCCUGCUGUGCCUGGGAGCAUUUUGAUAACAGCAACGGCCAUGUGCCUGGGCUGGCCAAAGGCCAGGGCAUCACUGCUGUCCCUGUGCUGCUGUGCUGGACAGGCUGGAGCUCCACUGUCAACUUGAGUCAAAGGGGCUGUGACCUGUGGAUAAGUCCAUGCGGGAGCAGGACAUCCUGAGGUAUGUGUGACUGUGGAUAAGUCCAUGCCAGAGCAGGUACACCUCAAAGCAUCUGUGGCCCCAUGCUGGAGCAGGUGGGGCUGGGGGCUGUGGUCUGUGGAUAGGUCCAUGCUGGAGCAGAGGUAAGGGGAGGAGUACACUGCGGUGUCCAAAGGGACCAGAGGCAGAGAUUGUAACGGAUAUACCUUUAAAUUGUUGUUACCUAUGGUUCGAGUUGCAGGAACCACCACCAGUGGAGGAUAAGCCUUACAAGAAGCAGUGCAAGUGCAGCAGUGACCCAACCUGAGCUGGCUUUGGUGCCCAAUAACUCCAUGCAACACACCACCUCUCCUGUCCUGAGUGACCACCAUAACAGGUAGAAUCCAGGUCAUGGACUAAUGAAGUCAAUGGACAUUUCAUGGACAUUUUAUGGACAUUUUACAGGCAUGGUCCAUAGACUAAGGGAAUGAUAUCUGUGUAUAUAUCAAAGGAUGGGAAGGGGGAAAGCAGCUAAUGAGGAUCUAUUGGAUAGUGUGGGACCUGAGCAUGAUGUAAAUGGUAUGGAAUAAGGUAUAGAGAUUGUACUGGUUUUGGCUGGGAUAGAGUUAAUUUUCUUCAUAGUGGCUUGUAUGGUGCUUAUGUUUUGGAUUUGUGAUUUAUACAGUGUUGAUAAAACACUGAUGUUCUGCUUCCCAGUGUGAUACAGGGGACACCCGCACCUUGAUGGAGGAGGAAGGAUGAGCACUCUCACUUUUGGCUGGGAGUCUCACCCUCUCGAUUCCAGCUGAAAUUUGGUAUUUAAAUAGGGGUAAGGCAGUUUUAAUGCUCUUGGCCCAAGCUGCUUUGUACCAAGAUGUCCAGGGUGGGGCAAAACUGAAGAGCUUAGAUCCAGAUCCAGAAAAAGGAGAAUGAAAAUGAGGUGUGGGAGCUGCACGUUUCUGCCCCAAACCAAAUGCAAAUGGCAAGAACUUCUGAAGUGGAAUGGAUGGGGAUAUAAUGACUCCAAAUUCAUCUUCAAUAAGAAGGGUCAAGCAGAAUUCACAGGAAAAAGGUACAGAUUAGGUGGUAUGGUAUUACCAACUUUUAAGGAAUGGAUAGAAAAAACCUUUGGAGCAAGUCUGGAGCACAAAACUACCUCUAGAGCAUCCUUAAAUGUUAAUGAUGUACCUCCAUCCAUUGUAAAUGAAGAAUUUCUUCAGGAUCUUAGAGCCACUAAAAUAUCAUAUUCGCAGGAUGCAGAAGAUAGGGUAUUCAGAGCUCAUGGUCACUGCCUACAUGAGAUAUUUGUACUCAGGGAAGGAAUGUUUAAGCGAGUUCCUGAUAUAGUUGUAUGGCCUGUUUGCCAUGAAGACGUAGUUAAAAUUGUGGAAUUAGCCUGCAAACACAAUCUCUGCAUAAUACCAUUUGGUGGAGGGACGAGUGUCUCUAGUGCCCUUGAAUGUCCUGAAGAAGAAAAAAGAACAAUUGUCUCACUGGAUACAUCACAAAUGAAUCGGAUUCUCUGGAUAGAUGAGAAAAACUUAACAGCUUGUGUGGAAGCUGGCAUUGUUGGACAAGAUCUGGAAAAACAGCUUGCUGAAAGUGGCUUCUGUACAGGCCAUGAACCAGACUCCAUGGAGUUCAGUUCACUAGGAGGAUGGGUAGCCACACGAGCAUCAGGCAUGAAAAAAAACAUCUAUGGAAACAUUGAAGAUCUGGUGAUUCAUAUAAAAAUGGUAACUCCAAGAGGAAUAGUAGAAAAAAACUGUCAAGUACCUCGCAUGUCAACAGGACCUGAUAUCCAUCACUUCAUUAUGGGAUCCGAAGGAACUCUUGGAGUGGUUACUGAAGUUACGAUAAAGAUUCGCCCAGUCCCCGAAUACCAGAAGUAUGGCUCUGUGGUCUUCCCCAAUUUUGAGCGAGGGGUGGCCUGCUUAAGGGAAGUGGCAAAGCAGAGAUGUGCUCCUGCGUCAAUUCGCCUUGUUGACAAUGCACAGUUUCAGUUUGGUCAUGCUCUUAAACCACAAGUUGCUUCCAUUUUUACAUCUUUUUUGGAUGGACUGAAAAAAUUCUACAUCACAAAGUUUAAAGGAUUUGAUCCCAACAUACUGUGUGUGGCUACCUUGCUCUUUGAGGGUGAUAGAGAGAAGGUUCUUCAGCAUGAAAAGCAAGUCUAUGAUAUUGCCACCAAGUUUGGUGGCUUGGCAGCAGGAGAAGAUAAUGGACAGAGAGGAUAUAUGCUGACAUUUGUCAUCGCUUACAUUCGGGACCUGGGCCUGGAUUACUAUGUAAUAGGAGAAUCAUUUGAGACAUCUGUUCCUUGGGAUAGGGUUUUGGACCUUUGUAGGAAUGUAAAGGAAAGGAUAGUAAGAGAAUGCAAAGAAAAGGGUGUUCAGUUUGCUCCUCUUUCCACCUGCAGGGUGACACAGACUUAUGAUGCAGGUGCAUGUGUCUACUUCUACUUUGCCUUUAACUACAGAGGAAUUAGUGAUCCUAUUCAUGUCUAUGAACAAAUUGAGAGGGCUGCUAGAGAAGAAAUACUUGCCAAUGGAGGAAGUCUGUCACAUCACCAUGGAGUAGGCAAAUUGCGGAAGCGCUGGAUGAAGGAGAGCAUCUCUGAUGUUGGCCUGGGAAUGCUGAGAUCUGUUAAAGAAUAUGUGGACCCCAAUAACAUCUUUGGAAACAAAAAUCUUUUAUAAAGCCCUGCACAACACUAUGUACUAAAACUUCUUCAAAAUUACUGUUGAAACUCCUCCACUUUCAUUGUAUUGAUAUCCCAGUAAUCAAAUAUAACAUAGACUAAACUUUAAAAACUAGUAACUUACAUUGGUUUUUGCCACCCCCUUCCCUGUCCCCCAAAUAAAGUGUAAACAUCACUGUUAAUGUUUAUGGAUUCUUACUUACAAUUCUCUUAAACUCUUAAACAACCCACUGGGCACAAAGUGUAUUACCAACUGGGAAAUGCAAAUUUGGGUUUCCAGGUUUGGUUAGGCAACACAGCUGACAGUAUUUUCAAUGCUGGAUACUGCCAGAUGUUUUUUAUUAAAGCAUUCCCUGCAAGGAGAACAAAGACUGACAACAAUGUUUUCUACAGAAGCAGCUGCUCAACCCAGCCUCUUGCUAAAGGAAAGCUGUGAAGAGGCAGAUGAGAACACCAAGGAGUACUUCACUAUACUGAAGGAUUAAGUAUGUAACAGACUCAUAACCAGUAAAUACUUAAAGUACAAAUGUAGGCUUUGGUCAGGAGACAAUGGAAGUCAAACUACUUCUGAGAACUCAGUAAUCUCCCACUGUAGUACUAUUGGAAAAUCUUAUACAAUUGAGCUGUUCUGAGUUGUAUUUGCAUUGCUGGGAUAAUCUUAAAUUAAUUGUAGGUCAGUCACUAUAAGUUUUGUACAAUGGACAUUUCUCACUGUAUGUUGAAAACGAGUUUGUAACAAAACUUUGUGUUCAUCUGUACUUCAGUCCCAGUGUGUAUGGUUUUUGCUCCUGUUUUGCAGAGAUGCAAAGUAUCUUUUUCAGUAAAAAAAAAAAAGUUUUGGCUAUUCAAAUGAAACUGCCCAGCACUGUCUUUUGAAACAGUCUCAACAGUUUAAUAAAACACUUAAGUGGACAACAUACUGUGUCAUCCUGAAAGUGAGAUUUCCCAUUUUAGUUUUGUACAGUUUCCUAUGGCCUUUAUGAAUCAUUUACUUAACUAGCAGCCACAAUUUUAAUUGUCCAUUGAACUUUAAGAAAAUGAAAUAUUUUCUUGAUCAGUAUCACAUGAGAGUAAGCAUUUUUACAUUGAAACUUGAAUUGUAGUCAGUAAAACAAACUAAAAGUAUUUGUCAAUACUCAUGAUCCAUUUUUAAGGUGGGUUCUUUUCUUAAAGCAAAUUAUCCAACUUUUUGAUAAUUAAUGUAUAUGAUUGCAUAGGAUAGAAAAAAUACAGACUAUCCUUUGAGGACACUCUCUAUCUAGCCAACUGCUUCACAGCUCUGUAGUGUCAGUUUGGACACCUUUUGUAUUGGUAGUCCCCUUAAAGAGGAGAAAAAGAUAAAAUUACUUUGUUAUUAAACUAUUUUAGAAUACUAAUUAGCUCUCAGUUUUGGUAAUAUACCAAAAAGAGUAUAAAAUGCUUGAAAAAUAUUGCAUAUCAGGCAACUUUGAACUUGUUUAAAGAUUAAUUUCAAUUCAAUAAUUGAUCAAAAAACAUGAACACUUAAAACAUCACUUUAAAAUGCAUGCUGUCAAGGUACUUAAGGAAAACUUUUUAUGAUCUGCAGGUCAUAAAACAGAAUGUUAAUGUGAUACUUGCAAUGCAGCUAGAUUUAUUUUGAAUGGUCGGUCUUUCACAAAAUUUCAACAUAAUCUACUCUCUUGUAUUUUUGGUUUUGGCCCCCAGAGUUAAUAUUUCAGCAGCAACCAAAACAAUAGGUGUAGUCUGUUUUAGGAAACUUGAGUCUUCACACUGUGGUUAAGUGUUCCUUAAGUACACAAUGGUGUCUCAGUAAAGUGAAUCUGUACAUGUUUAUGCAGGGGUCUUCCUCAUCUCACAUGCUGUGUGAUGGUGACUACAUGGCCACAGCUGGCAUCUUGCUGAUGAUUUGUAUCACUCUGAAAUAGAGACCUUUCUAGGAGUUGGUAAAUAAGAAGGGUGUUCAUGUGCCUCAGUGAAAGUAUGUCUAACUGUGAAGAAUCAAUUUUGAAGGAAGGUAUGUGCAGCCUUUUUGUAGAAUGACAGCACAAACGGAACUAAAACAAGUAGUCAUUACAGCUCAGUAAUACCUGUCUCCUAAGGUGGUGACUUAAAGUACAACACAGCUCUACACCAUCCUUCCCAGUUCUUAGUUUUCUGACUAUGGUUUCCUCAUCCCUUUUUUUGUAUUGAAAUUACACAGGCAAGAACUCCUUAUACUCUCUAUUUCUAGCCUUUAAAUAGCCACUGGCUUCUGAAGUAAUUUAAAAUGCAGUAAAGAUUUUUACUGCGUGUCAGUUGUCCUAUGGGAAGGUGAAAUAACAGGCUGUAAGGGUCCCAAAGCAAUGUCACUGGAUAGCUCUGAGGAAAAGAUUAACUACAACUGUAAUGGAUAUUUUUUCCUAAUGGCCACCCUGUUGCUGUCUUCCUAAAUAUUUUUCUAUCUUAUGGACUGGUCAGAGCUUGGUGAAACUGCCAUUGAAACACAUGUAUUACUGACUGUCUUUAAUUUCACAUUUAAUUUCCUAAUGAAAAUAGAGAAAAGUGUAAUGCAAGUUCAGGAGACCUAGAUACACGCAGGUCAUUACCCAUUUAAAGGAAAUCUUCCCUUCUCUGAUACUAAAGUCUUCUACCGCUCUUCCUUCUGUAUUCUCUACUUUCUUUCAAAAGACUUUACUUCCCAUAGCUGCAGCCUGUUCAGAGAUGGAGUUUGAUCCAUGCAGAUCAGAAGUGUAUCUUGGCAUAACACAUUACUCUUUCAUUUGAUUGACUGUUUUGGCCAUAUGUAAGUUACAAGCAGUUUUAAUUAAGCUUGUCGUGACUUCCAGUUACACAGCUUCUGCUCUCUUUGAAGGAGGAAAGGUGCAGAGUGAGUAUGGCUUGACUGUGAAAUACAUUUACACUAAAGAGCCUUCUAUAAAAGUUUUGAGGGGAAAGAAGAAAAUCUGUUAGAAAUUGAUCCAGGGUCUAAAUCUUACAGUCAAAGAAAAACAUGUCUCUUCUUGACUUACAGUAUAUGGGUUGAGUUAGAGAUGUCAUCUUUGCCUUACAGCUGUGAACAAAGGCCAGGCCAAAUAGUUCUUCCGUAGCAAUGUUAAUUAACUGAAACCAAUUCAAAGGCAGGUAUACAUUAGCACUGAAAUCCAGAAAACACAAAUUGCUUCUCAGUCUUGGAAAUGUGUGUUUAUCAAGGUUGUAAUUUAACUUCCUGCAAAUAAAGCCAAACAGUAUUUGUCAUUUUAGUGUGAGAUUAACUGUAAAACUUCAGUUGUAAUGUUAAGAGAUUAUAGAACCUUAUAUUAUUAAUAAAAAGAAAAUGGGCCUAAA